AUGGACGUCGAACUGCUUCUGGAAAACAAUUUGAUAUUAGAGCUUCCCAGUCAGAAGUUGUCCACGGCGCCGGUCAAUCCUUUACCCGAGCACACACCCGAUGGCAGAUGCCAGCACCGAUAUUUCCCCGCCAUAGUCUUGAAUCUCAAUUUGUUUUUCACACGCCGGGAAGAGUCCCUUCUUUCUGGUGACUACAACACCUAUCGAGCACAAACAUCUCGCCGUUUACACACCAUUCGGAAGAAGCUUGGACACACAACUCCCAAAGGUCGAAAGUUCAAUGCUGAAGUUCCUGUAACUUCUGAAGAUGUUGCAUCCGAUACACAAGCCGCUCAUCUCCUCAUCCUGAGUGCUGAGCGAGCAUGGGCACAGGCAAUGCAUAUGAAAGCUGUCCACUCGGCUGACCCUUCAGCGAAAGGCAUAAUGGGGCCUACACGACGACACAUAAUCAGCAGGUUGAACAAAGCCUCUCGGUAUGCCGAACGACUGGUUUCGGUUCUGCAAGACCAGUCUCUAUCGGGCGCAUCAGAUAUCGACCUUCUCGAGGCCCGUGCCUACCUUGCUCUGUUGUCAGGAGGACUACACAUGGAGAAACAGAAAUGGGAUCAGUGCCUCCAGCAAUUCAGUUUGGCUCGAAUCAUCUACUCUGCACUCAGCCAGAAAGAGAGAAAGGAGGCAUAUCGGGAAAUCAUAUCGGUCACAAUUGAUCCCUCCCUCCGCUACGCCGCGUACCAACUCAAGAUAUCCCGCAACAAGCCUUUGCCUUCACUGGCAAUUGAACGUUUUCCAGGCGACAACAACGUUCGUGCUGAGCUCGAGAAAGUCGACCCGAAUUGUUUGAUUGAGGACGCUGCAGGAACUACGAGACUGGCGGAUGGUGAAAUUGAAAAGCUACCGGAGACGAUUACUUGGAGAUCGCGCUCGGUUCCUAUCGAAGAUGCAUCCAUAGCACAAGCGCUUGCAGCCGCUACUGCUGCCGAGUCUAAGCUUUCUGCAUUCUUACAGGAGCGGCCUUCAGCUUCUCCUAGGGAAAAAGCCGCCGCUUACGACAAUGUCAUUUUAGCUAGUCAAGAGAUUGUUGAUGCCACUAAAACGGCUAUAGAUGACCUUACCAAUGAGGGGGUUGACAGGGGGGAUCGAAGAAUACAGGCAUUACAAGUCACGCGGACUGCUGUCAACUAUUCUCUUGUUAGUUGGAGAGUGGGAAGAAACCGUGUUCUAAGCGGAGAGCACGAUGGUUUACUACUUGAUGGUGAGCAGACAAAGACUGAUGAGCGGCGAAAGACGGUCCGUCAAGAAAGUGGCGGCAAGAUCCUGUCGCAACUCCGUGAAAAGGUUGCACUAUAUGAUUCUGUAUUGCAAAGCUUGGACUUUGUACAAGAAUUGCCCGGUGUGGCAGGUGAUACGGACUUUGUGGACGAGCUCGAAGCGAAGCGUAACUACUUCCGGGCAUUACGGUGCUUUGCUAUCGGCCGCUCUCAUUCAUUUCAAGAAAACACCAAGAAUGCUCUUGCCUUAUUCUCCCGCAGUAGUGAACUUGCUACAACCAUUCAAAAAAGCGGCAAAGGCAUUACGGCAAGCUCGGGUCCACCCAGGCUAGAUGUCUCCGCUGAGGAGAUUGAUUUCCUUGCCACGACAUCCCAAGGAUUCGAAGCAAAGUAUCGAGGCUUGGUUAGUCUUGACAAAUUAUCUGAAACGAAGCAGGAUCCUGCACGUCUCCAAUUGCCAUUGAUUGAAAGAAUGGAUGAAUACGCGGUGGAGAGCCUCAACCUCACCAAUCUGGUACCUUUCCCACCCAAGAUGCGUGCAAUUCCCGUCAAACCUCUCUUUUUGGACGUGGCAUGGAAUUACAUCCAGUAUCCUCGUGAGCGAACAGAAGAACAAGAAGAGGCGCCAAACACGGAGGGACGUCGUGGUUGGUUUGGCUUCAGACGGUAG